AUUGGCAUGUUAUAAGACCGCUGCCCUGUUCUUCUGAAACACUGUUGCACUGACAGUUUUCAUGUGUAGUGUUGAAGGAAAGGGACUGUUGUUUCACCUGCAGUUUCUGAAGACGGUCGUUCUGCGUCUUUUUUAGCCAACAUUCUCAAACUUAAAACUUCAUCCGGUGCUAUGUCGGAAGGGGAGUCGGACUUGCCUGUGAUACUGAACGAUUUGCUGGACGACUCUCCUUUGGUACAACCUUAUUUGAUCGAAUUGAGACAGAGGGCAGAUAAGGAGGGUGAACGACAACUGGAAUUAAGUGAUACGUUCUUGCUAAGGUUUCUUAGAGCCAGAGAUUUCAAUGUUGACUUGUCACUAAAAUUAUUGAUUAACUACCACAAGUGGAGGAAAGAGUGUCCUGAAAUAAGCGGCAAUCUGCAUCCAUCCGCAGUCCUUGGCUUGCUCCGUAAUAAUUACCAUGGUGUGCUUAGGUCACGAGAUGCCAGCGGUAGUAGAGUUUUGAUCUACAGAAUUGGCCAGUGGAACCCAACGCACCACACAGCCUAUGAAGUAUUUCGUGUCAGUCUCAUCACAUCUGAACUGAUUGUCCAGGAGACUGAGACACAGAGGAAUGGACUGAAGGCCAUCUUUGAUCUCCAGGGCUGGCGAUUUUCUCAUGCUCUUCAGAUAACCCCCUCUCUGGCCAAAAAAAUGUCUGCAGUACUUACAGAUUCCUUCCCACUGAAAGUGCGUGGCAUCCAUCUGAUUAAUGAGCCAAUAUUCUUCCACGCAGCCUUUGCUGUUAUUAAGCCCUUUCUGUCAGAAAAAAUAAAAGAGCGGAUCCACCUGCAUGGCAGUAUCUACGAACAAACCCUGUGUCAGCACUUUCCGGCAAACAUCCUCCCACCAGAGUACGGAGGCCAAGGACCCACAGUGGAGGAGCAGUGUCAGGAGUGGAUGGAAUUCAUCCUUCAGUCAGAGGACCAGCUGCAUAAACUCUCAAUCACUACCUCAGACAGUGAGGCCACAGAUCAGAGCCACCCAUUUGCCAAUAGGUCUUAAUUUGAAGCUAUAAGACAUUUUUUAGUUUGUCCUUUUUUUUUUUUUAAUUGCCAAUUCAUGAGAGAGAAUGACACACGUCAUGAGGUAAAACCAAGCAGUCAAAUGCUGUGGAUAAUGCCUUCUUUAGUGUAUCAGGAUAAUUUGAAAACUCUCCUUCAUAUUCCUAGCUCAAGCGAGCAGAUUAAACAAGACAUUUGUAGCUAUCCAUUUUUUUUUAAUUGUUUGCAUGGAUAUUCCUUUGUAUGGCAAAUAAGUGAAUUUCUCUACUUGGCA